AUGAAUGCACAGAAUACAUCAUCGAAUCACACAGCAACAGAAUACAGUCAAUCUACGUAUGGUGCACCUUCAUCAACAAGAGAAUCGGAAAGUCGAAUUGACAAAGCUUAUCUCACAUCAAUUCGUGCUAUUCUCAAAUUUGCUUGUCUAUUAGUGUGUUUGAUUGCAUUUAUCUGUUUGGUAGCAACAGCACAGUGCAAUGGUACACAUGUAUUUCUUGCUACUGUAACAUGGCUUGUAAUUAUCAUGCAAGUGAUGAUUAUCAUUAUAUUUAUCCUUCGAUUACAAGUCAAAUUUCCUGGCGUUGAUUUUGAAUUUCUUGAUUUCUUUGCAACGUCUCAUGAUGCACUUUAUCUAUUGAUUUCGUCAAGUAUCACCAUUAACUAUUGUCGUGUUCCGGGUCAGGUGGCUGGCGGUGUGAUGGGACUUAUAGCAUUUCUAUUGUUGACUGGUGAUGCUAUUACCAUCUUCUUGGCACGACGUCAGGAAACAGUAGAGAAUACCAAUAGUAAUACAGGUCGAUGA